AUGAAGGGAGAUAGGUCCCGAAAUCCUUGGAUGUGCUUGGUUUUCAGGUAUGCGGAAUGGCCUCAGCCCAAUCCUUCCCUUCAUGCAUUGAUGGUAAAUAGAGACUACAAGUUUAUGCUUGUUAAGCCAUGGCCUUCCAAGCGAAGCAUAGUAAGCCACAUUCACAUCUACCAUGUAAAACUUGGUAAGUGA